AUGCCUGCUUUAUGUGCCACAUAUCUUAUACAUUCUGGCAAUCUCAGGGCUUGUCUGCGCAUUGUACCAUUAACAAAGCCAUCGGUGGUGAUCGCCUAUCGACAUCUGUCUAAAAGCUCCAGCAAGAUAGCUCCUGCUGCAGCGCUGAAUACUGCUCCCAUCGAAUUUACACCGAACACAUCAGCUGCAUCAUUACAUGAGCGAUCGACAGUUAUCAAAGAUGCAGCUAGAAGUGCGCUCAGAUGCAACGAUACGACGCCCACACCCGCACUGCCAUUUGACGUGAAGCGGGUAGAUAAAGCUAAUCGCGCUGCGGGACGAAAACUGCCCGCUGCAAGCGGUGUUCUUUCCGCAUAUGCUCUUAUGGGUCCGUACAUUCAGCUGGCGAAACCCAGGCUUACGGUGCUGGUAAUGCUGAGCGCGAUCUGCUCUUACGCCCUGUCGCCAUAUCCUGCGACUGUCUUGGAGUUACUGUCGCUCACAGUCGGAACCACACUGUGCUCUGCUGCUGCAAAUGGCAUUAACAUGGGCAGGGAGCCAGACUUUGACAGGCAGAUGAUGAGAACACAGGCGCGCCCCGUCGUCCGCGGACUGGUCACACCAAUGCAAGCAUACAAGUUCUCUGCAGUAUCAGGAGUUAUUGGAACUGCCAUCCUAUAUGCAGGCGUUAACCCAACCGUUGCUCUCUUGGGUGCUUCCAACAUCGUUCUGUACAGUUGGUUCUACACAUCUCUAAAGAGAAAACACAUCAUCAACACGUGGUUUGGGGCCAUUACGGGGGCUAUACCACCUUUAAUGGGCUGGGCAGCUGCAAGUCCUCUAACCCACCCCGGUUGUUGGUGUUUAGCUGGUCUACUAUACGCUUGGCAGUUUCCUCAUUUCAAUACAUUAAGCCACAACAUUAGAAAUGAAUACAAGAACGCAGGCCAUGUCAUGACCGCUUGGAAAAACCCAAAGCUAAAUGCACGUGUGGCACUACGUUAUUCUCUGUUGAUGUUCCCUCUCUGCUUUGGACUUUCAUAUUAUGGAAUCACGGACUGGACGUACCAGAUCGAUUCUGCUCUGGUCAAUGGCUGGAUGUCCUUCUGGGCAUUCAAGUUUUGGUGGCAGCAGCGGUACAACUACUCGAAGAAAGUUUACAACAACAAGGCCGAGUUCAAUAAAGGGAUGGUUUUGGCCAACGUGUAUGCGCGCAAGACGUUUUGGGUCAGCGUAUUGCACCUACCAGCUGUAUUAAUAUUAGCAAUUGUGCACAAGAAGGGCCGGUGGGAUUGGCUAUUUAGCGACGAAGGCAAGCUUGUAGCAUGA